UUAUGGAGGCUGCAGCCGUGGAAAAUGAAGAUCUCCUCUGUGGUCUUCGCUCUCCUGACUCGAGCACUGCUUGGAGAUUUGUGUUUGGCCAUCAAUGUCACCAUCACGCCCUCUCCCUUCACGGUGGCCGAGGAGGGUCAAAACAUCACACUGUCCUGCGUUGUGUCCCAGCGAAGGAGAAAUGCUGCCCUACCUGUGGUGAAAUGGACCUUCUUACCUGCAGGUACAGACCGGCCAGAGGAUGAGCUCCUCAUCGCUCGGGUCAACAUGAGGAAGGCCCGUUUUUAUGGCAACUACACAAAGAGCUUCCAAUGGCCCAAAAUGAAACUGACAGUGGUGAAGCAGGGGAAGAUCUUUGACCUGCUUAUCUUGAAUGUGUCUGAGGGGGACCGAGGGCUCUACAUGUGCCGGGUGCAGGAGUUUAAAAAGAACCAGGACCGCUGGAAGGCCUCGUCUAACUGCACAGCAGCUACUGAACUCAGAGUUCAUGUCCUGCCAUCCACCAAGGCCAAGGAAAGCCUGUGGAGCUUGUUUGAAGAUGUGUACCUGUGUGCGGUGCUGAUCUGCUCAGUGGGUCUGCUGUGUAUGUGCAUGUUCACAGUGACAGUUACCUGCCAGUACAUACAGAGGAAGCAGAGAUUAAAAGACAACUACCACCUAGUCAAGAGCCCACAAAACAGUUCAGGAGAGACUGUCACCAGUUUUGUCAGUGUGUCUCCUGCCCUGCCUAAGAAAGAAAGGAGGUACAGAAAGAAACGGAGCAGAGACUAUCAAGAGGAAACGCCACCAGAGAUUCCAGCUAAAGCUCCCAUUGUCGAGAAAACACGGAAACCCAAACUUUUAAAACCACAGCCGAGGAAAGUAGUGCUGCCGAGGAUAGUGGAGGAGAAUCUGACCUACGCAGAGUUGGAUCUGGUAAAGCCUAUUCCAGAAGCCAAGGCAUCGAGUAGCGGCACUGUGUAUGCUCAGAUUCUGUUUGAGGAGCAGCAGCUAUGAAAUAAGACACACACAUCUACACACACACCACUAGUUACUGUGCCUUAUGUAAAAAGUACUGUCUAUUUAUAGUCUGUAUUGUUUUGUAUUCAAAAUGUGUAUUGUCCUCCAGUCAUGAGCAGUU